GAGCUUGCUCUCUCACUCCCCCCUUCUCUCUCACAAGUCACUAGCCUUCGCUGCAGCUGCCGCUGCCCUUUUUAUUCUUAUCUCCUCGCCCUCUCUUCACCUCCUUACCUGUUGUUUUCCUCCCUCCUCCCUUGACCCGUCGUCCCAUGCUAAAGCCCAGGGUUAGGAGCUAGAGGUAAUCUCUCCCUGUGGGUGUGUGUCUCUCUGCCCCCGGCCAAGCCGAGUGGGGGCAACCCAUGGAAGCCAUGGACGUCAAGUACAAGCCCCUCAUGUUCCCCAACGGCGCCGCCGUCAAGAAGGUGAAGCCGGCGGCCGUGGCGCCGGCAGCGGGGGAGCCGCUGUACCGGGAGUGCCUCAAGAACCACGCCGCGAGCCUGGGCGGCCACGCCGUGGACGGCUGCGGGGAGUUCAUGCCCUCGCCGGGGGCCAACCCCGCCGACACGACGUCGCUCAAGUGCGCGGCGUGCGGGUGCCACCGCAACUUCCACCGCCGGAUGGUGGAGGGCUCCCCGCCGCCGCCCGCGCCGCUGGCGCUUCCGGCGCCGCCUGUGCUGCCCAGCGUGCUGCACGGCCAGCGGCACCGCGGCGGCGAGGAGACGCCCGAUGACCGGCUCCCGGGGGCCGUCGACGACUCCGACUCCGACUCGGACGGCUCCGAGUACGACGAGGAGCGGUCGGUGUCCCCGCCGCCUCCGCCGCACCACGUGCCGGCGCCGGUGGCGCAGCAGCCGCCCCCGCCGCCGUACUUCCCGUCGGGGCCGCACAUGCUGCUCUCGCUGGGCUCCGGCGCGCCGGGGGCCGCGGUGGCGGCCGCGGCGCAGAGGCUGCCCCCCGCCCAGCUGACGCCGUCGAGCGCGCCGCCCCCCGGGGGCGCGAUGCCGAGGAAGCGGUUCCGCACCAAGUUCACCGCCGAGCAGAAGCAGCGGAUGCAGGAGCUGUCGGAGCGGCUCGGGUGGCGGCUGCAGAAGCGCGACGAGGCCAUCGUCGACGAGUGGUGCCGCGACAUCGGCGUCGGCAAGGGCGUCUUCAAGGUCUGGAUGCACAACAACAAGCACAACUUCCUGGGCGGCCACAGCGCCCGGCGCAGCGCCUCCUCCUCCGCCCCCGCCGGCCCCGGCGCCGGCGCGCCGCCCCUCCACGCCCCAACCGCCAACGCCGGCGCCGCCGCACCGUCAUUCAACACGUCCGCCAUCACCCCUCCCCCUCCCGUCCUCACCUCGUCACCGCCCUCCGCAAGCGGCUUCAACAUCAACGGCGCCGCCUCCUCCGCCCCCACCGCCUCCGCCGGCCACCCGGACAACGUCAACGGAGCCUCGUCGCCGCAGUCCGCAUAAACUAGAGAGAGAGAGGAGAGAGGGGAGGGAGAAUGGAGAGAGAAAACAUGUAGCUUAAUUUCAGUGAUCGUUUCUUUUUCUUUUUUUCCUUAGACUUUCCAUCUAAGAAAUUAACCCCAAGAAAGCAUGCGCCGCCGCGCGCCAUGCCUAGAAAUCCAAGCUUCCUUCCCCUGUAUGUCCUUGGGAUCCGAUGAUGAUGUUGAUGCUGAUUUAGGAUUAGAUUAUCUCAUCCUAUUCCAUCCCAUCCCAACCAAAAGAGGCAGUAGCCUCCUUGGUUGUUGUUCUUGUCCUCUUUGAUUGAGCUCAUUCAAGAGCCGUGCUCGGAGGAGCAAAGCAGGGCGAGGGUUCUUGCUUCUAGACUCCUAGGAUCCCAUGCUGUUGUGCUGUGACAUGUUGCGCCGAACGGAAGCAGCCUCCCGUCUUGCUCCUCCGAGCACUGUUCCUCCCAUAAAUUAAUUGACUUGCUCUGUA